AUGGAGGCUCUAAAUCUAAACCCCACCACAACCCCAAAAUCCUGUCUACCCAAAACCUAUUUCCUCAAAGCCCCUCUACUCCCCUGCACCUUGAAACCCACAUUUUCUCCCCACAAUUGUCAAAUUCACAGACAUUCAUUCAAGAAGACACCUUUCUCAUUCACCACCGCUUGUAAGCUGAAGACCCCUCGAGAUAACAAGAAGAACAACACCAAAAGCAACAAAAUUGCCAAGCAGAUUAUACUUUCUGAAGGAGAGCCGCCUCCGUUGGCGGAGGAGAGUGGCGGCGCCGGCGGAAGCGAGGAAGCUCCGGCGAAGUUAGGAAGUGGGAGUGGAGUAAUGGGUUUGGUGAAGAGGUUGUCCAGACGGGUUUUGUCAGUUUUGUCUUAUCUGCCUUUGGCUAUUGGAGAAAUGUUCGCCAUUGCUGGUCUUAUGGCUCUGGGAACUUUCAUUGACCAAGGUGAGGCCCCGGAUUUCUAUUUCGAUAAGUACCCUGAAAGUAAUCCGGUGUUGGGAAUUUUCACUUGGAGAUGGGUUCUUACCCUCGGGUUUGACCACAUGUUCACAUCCCCCAUUUUCCUUGGACUAUUGGCUCUCCUCGGUGCAUCACUAAUGGCCUGCACUUACACUACACAAAUACCCCUUGUCAAGGUUGCAAGAAGAUGGAACUUUCUGCAAUCUUCUGAGGCAAUCAAUAAGCAGGAAUUUUCAGAGUCUUUGCCAAGGGCAUCAAUUCAAGAUUUGGGUGUUGUUCUUAUGGGAGCCGGAUAUGAGGUAUUCUUGAAGGGGCCUUCUUUAUAUGCUUUCAGGGGGUUGGCUGGUCGGUUUGCCCCUAUUGGAGUACAUUUAGCAAUGCUGCUAAUAAUGGUAGGUGGAACUCUUAGCGCAACUGGGAGCUUCAAAGGAACAGUCACAGUUCCACAGGGUUUAAAUUUUGUUAUAGGAGAUGUGAUGGGCCCAAUCGGGUUUCUCUCUAAGCCAACUGAGGCUUUCAAUACAGAGGUUCAUGUCAACAGGUUCUACAUGACCUACUACGACAGUGGCGAGGUAUCACAAUUUUACACUGAUCUUUCGCUACUGGACCUUGAGGGUAAGGAGGUGCUAAGGAAAACAAUCAGUGUAAAUAACCCUUUAAGGUAUGGAGGGAUCACCAUAUACCAGACAGAUUGGAGUAUUUCAGCGCUACAAGUACUUAAGGAUAAUGAAGGACCUUUUAAUUUGGCGGUGGCACCUCUUAAGAUCAAUGGAGACAAGAAGCUUUAUGGAACCUUCUUACCCGUUGGAGAUGUUAAUUCUCCUGAUGUUAAGGGAAUAUCAAUGCUUGCCCGUGAUCUACAAUCAAUUGUCCUGUAUGAUCAAGAAGGGAAAUUUGCUGGAAUUCGACGGCCAAGUUCCAAGCUUCCAAUUGAAAUUGAUGGCACCAAAGUUGUAAUUGUAGAUGCAAUUGGGAGUAGCGGUCUUGACUUAAAGACUGACCCGGGAGUGCCGGUGGUAUAUGCUGGAUUUGGCGCGCUAAUGCUCACUACUUGCAUCAGUUUUCUGUCUCAUUCACAGAUAUGGGCCAUACAAGAUGGAACAGCAGUGAUCGUAGGAGGAAAAACUAACCGAGCAAAGGGUGAAUUUCCAGAGGAGAUGAACCGCUUACUCGAUCGGGUUCCAGAAUUAGUUAACUCGUCUCUCUCCAGGCAAUCAGAUAGCAUUGUUGGCUAG